AUUAUCACAAGGCUUGACACACGAUGCUCCGGUUGUGGACAUAUCGUACCCGCAAACUCUUUAUUCGUCAAACGUGCUCUUUGCCUUUUCUCUUUCUUACAUCGUACUUACAAUUAUCAAGCCAUAUCAGACAGGCAGGCCUAUAGUGGACAGAUUGUGUGAGCGGAUGGAUUUCGCUGGAAACAAUGCUUUGUGGACGGUAUUAACGCUUCUGCUUUUUGGCGCUACUUCACUCCAGCGCUCUCGUGUGUGCGGUGAUCAUAAUGAUCGUAUCGAUUGUCCGCUGCCAGCGCCAUGUUUCAACUGGGAACCGUUACGUUCCUGUAAUAUGGGUCACUCCAUCCAGGUGGCCGGCAAUGGCACUGGCAUCUUUGCGUGCUCAAAUCCGCCAGAUGAGACAUGGUACCGUGGCUACAGAUAUCUUCCCUAUCAGUUUGAUCUCAUCGAAGACGGUGACGAUGCUGACUCCGAACCAGGUGGCAUAAUAGCUGUGUCACGCUGCAUCAGAAGGACUUUUGGGCUGACUCCCGAUAGAACCGAAUCCAUGGCAAUCUUUCGGGGACCUAUAAUAGUUCCCACUGAGUGUCUAGUUUUCCGCGUCACUUUCUGGUAUCGCCUUUCCGACCCUCCAGUAUUUGACCCGGCAAACCCGCUAAACGAAUUCCAUUUCAAAGUGCUAAUUGAAGAUAACGGACAAAGUUUUCCGGUUGAUUUGAUUUGGGGACACGAAAGCGAUUAUGCCACCGCACUUCUUAAUCAAUGGAAUUUUGCGGAAGCGUCUUUUGGAAGAGACACAGGCGCCCGGUUUACUAUUAACUGGUUGGCAUACCAUAACGAUAACUGCCUGACCAACGUUAAAAGCAUCACGCUGGACAUGAUUACCAUCGAUAACGCUGUCGGUUGUCCGACAACUGUCACCACUACAACGCCCACAACAACCACAACAACAACAACCACAACUACGUCCACCACGACCACAACAGCAACAACGGCUACUACACCGUCUCCGCCUACACCACCCACGAGCACAACUACAAGCACGACCUCAACUACGCCCACGACACCCACAACGCCUGCAACCACAACAACAUCUCCAACCACAACUACCGUGCCGCUCGUACCCGAUCCGGUCUCAAGCACCCCGACCACCACGCAAUCCACUCCGACAUCAACACCCACGACGCCACCGACUACGCCGUCGACUGCAACACCAGUGAUCACUAUCAGUACCAACACAACGACGUCAGAUAUUCCGGACACUUCUACGACAACACCAACAACACCAACGACGAACGCGACGGCCCCCACCCCGCCGGUCACCGAGACCAACGCAACUUCGACGAACACAACCGUUUCACCUGUUACGAAUACAACAUCGGCGCCCACGGGAUUCUCGAAUUCCACGGAUUCUUCUCCAAGCGUCGAUACAGAGCCGACAUCGAACGUUACCGGAACCACGCCGACACCAGGAUCGUCUCCCAUCCCGACAGCCAACGGCACCACCUCCAGUUCGCCUACAUCCGCGUCGCCGCAGCCACCGAACGUCUGUAACGGAGUAAACUGCGGCUUCGGUGAAUGUACGGCAAAUGCAGCUUCUUAUGAAUGUCGGUGCCGGCAGGGUUUCGUGCAGGACCAUCCGCGAGCGAUAUGUCGUUGCCCGGCCACAAUGUUCUCUCCGAAUGCAACUUCUGGUUGUCUGGACGCACCGUUGUCACUGGAGACAACGUACCAGUUUUCUGGCGAUUUCCAGAGUGACCUUUCCGACAACAGUUCUGCAAUGUACUUAAAGUGGUCAUCGGAGAUUGAGGAAACCUUGCGAGACGAAAUAACCAAAGAUUUGACACUCGGAACGGAUAUCGCGUACCUCCUCGUUAAGGUCCGGUCGUUCCGCAACGGUUCCAUAAUCACCGACAUCUUGAUCACCGUGGGUGGUUAUGAAGCAGGUCGCGAGGCGGUAAUAAAAGCGACGAUCCUGGAAGCUGUGCCUGCAUUCGUCAUUGACGGAUCUAGCUUGAUGGUUAUCCAAUCGCCCGUUUCCGGCUACUUCAAUCGCUGCGUGGCAGUGGAAGGGAAUUCGGCAUGUGGAUCAGCCCAUCGUUGUAAUUUCGACAACAGCACCGGAAAGGCGGCGUGCCUCUGUAAUCCUGGGUACGAAUUUGAUGCUAACAGGAAAACGUGCAUUCAACUUCAGAUCGUGGCACCCACGAGUACUCCGCAAGGAGACACAGACGCUUUGUACAUCGCAUUGUACGCUAUUUCGGGUGUCGUUGGCGCGGCCAUCAUCAUAUUUGCUGGACUGUUUGCCCGAAAGAGAUAUAUCAAUGCAAAAAAGCGACGACCUUUACCAGAGCCGCCAGUGUAUCAAGCCCGUACCAAUCAGUCGCGCCAGCAGCGACACGACGCUAUCUACGCGUCCAUCGAUGGUGAUUACGGUGGGGCCCACUCCAGGCGGGAAUACCUAUCGGGUGCGGUGCGGACACCGUCCAUUCGCAGCACGACCAGCAGUAUGCCGGAUUACGAUCUGGACAUGGAUGAGCUGCAACGGCGAUCUAGCGGCUACGCAGGAUCUCUGCGCAGCACUUCGUCUUUUCAUCCGUCGGAGCAGUCAUACGAACUGUACGGUGUGCUUCCGGCGCGGAAGCAAAGACAAUAUUAAGGCGUGUUGUGUAAUCUUUCACAAUAUGGAGAAGAGAGUAUGCUUGGGUAAGCAGAUUUAUGGUGAUUUAGGAUAGAUUACUGAGACGUCUAACGCUAUUUAUAAUUUUCGCUUUUAAUGCAAUGACUGAAUGCACUUGAAUAUUUGAGUCAGUUUAAAAUCUCCGAAUUCUCACAAUUUAUCAUUUCAAUUAGUGUGUACCAGCGCUGGCUUUUUAUUCUAAGAAGUGGCCGUUGCCGAUUAAAGAAUAAAAUUCAAUGACGAU